ACCUUUAAUAAUAUUAACUGAAAGGGUAUUAAGAUUAAGAAAAACCUUAAAACUUUAAAAUAAAAAUAGAAAAAUCACAGGCCCUUAAAUAUAAAAAGAAAUCAUGCAACAAUUCUCUCCUUCAGUUCAAUUAAUAAAUGUUCAUUUUCAGUUGAAUUAAAUUGUGAGUAAUAAUAAUAAUAAUAAUAAUAAAAGCUUAAUACAGAAACUCGUGAUUGGAGUCGGUGGUGGCCUAUUAUGACAAUAAAAAUUUAAAAAAAAAAAAAGGAAAAGAAAAAGAGAAAAAAUAAAAAAAGAAGGAAGAAAAAAGAUGGCAUACUGGGUCCUUGUACUUGUUAGUGUCUGGCCAAACAUAUGCAUACGUGGCGCCCAAUAAUCAGAAGUCAAUGUAGGCGGCCAUAAAUCUUCCACCUUUCUGCUCCAUUUUCUUCACAACCUGACAUCUCUUUGUCUAUGACUUUCAGAAUUUGUCCCUCUCAUGCAUUAAUCCCACUGUACAGAAGAUACCCAGAAAUGUGGUUCUAACUUUCAUUAAUUUUAAACCUGUUUUUAUGUAUGUUUACCCACAAGGCAAAAAUGAUGUAUAUAUUAAUUGUAUAUUUAGAAAUUUAUCCUUAUUUUGAUAAUGCAUUUACGUGUUCUAUUCUCCUUUCUUAAUCAACGUUAUUAGAACUAGAAAUUUCAAGCCAGCCUCGUGCUUAAUAUGUUAAUAGCCUGCCAAACCUUACAUUUCUGCACUCCUCUUACUAGCAAUAAAAAAGAAAAGAAAAAAAGGAAACACUAAACCUCCCCUAACCCCUCAAUGGCCGGCAUGUCAGACCCACAAUUUUUCCGGCAAUGUUAUUCUUCGAUGCUUUCCUUUCUUGUUUUCCUCAUGUUAGUUUCUCCAUCCAAAUCAGAUGAUCUUCAAAUGCUUCUAAACUUUAAGUCCUCUCUCAAGGAUUCGGAGACAAAUGUGUUCUCUUCAUGGACGGAACAAAGCUCUGUGUGUAAAUUUACUGGGAUCGUUUGCACUGCUGAUGGAUUUGUCAAGGAAAUCAGUCUUCCUGAGAAGAAGCUUCAGGGUGUUGUUCCUUUUGGUUCCAUCUGCGCGUUGCAAUAUCUGGAGAAGAUUUCUUUGGGAUCGAAUUUUCUGCGUGGUGUUAUUACUGAUGACUUGAGAAAUUGCAGAAACUUGCAGGUCUUGGAUUUGGGAAACAAUUUUUUCUCUGGACAGGUUCCUGACUUGUCUAGUUUGCAUAAGUUGAGGAUCUUGAAUUUAAAUGGCAGUGGAUUUUCAGGUUCUUUUCCCUGGAAAUCACUCGAGAAUCUUACCAAUCUUGAGUUUCUUAGCCUUGGUGACAAUCGAUUUGAUGCGACGAGUUCCUUUCCUGCUGAGGUAAUCAAGUUUAACAAGUUAUAUUGGCUUUAUCUUACUAACUGUAGUAUCAAAGGUAAGAUUCCUGAAGGUAUUUCAAAUCUAACUCUGCUUGAAAAUCUUGAACUCUCUGAUAAUGAGUUGUUUGGAGAAAUCCCAGAAGGAAUUGGAAAGCUUAGCAAGCUCUGGCAACUUGAAAUUUAUAAUAAUGCCUUGUCAGGAAAACUUCCGGCCGGGUUGGGAAAUCUCACAAACCUAGUGAACUUUGAUGCUUCAACAAAUAAGCUUGAAGGUGAGAUUGGGGUGUUAAUAUCCUUGAAAAAACUUGCUUCUUUGCAACUAUUUGAAAAUCAAUUCUCUGGUGAAAUUCCUGCGGAGUUCGGCGAAUUCAAGUACCUUUCGGAGUUCUCCCUUUACAGAAACAAGUUCACCGGUUCACUUCCUGAGAAGCUAGGCUCUUGGUCGGAUUUCGGAUACAUCGAUGUUUCGGAGAAUUUCUUGACAGGUCCUAUACCUCCAGACAUGUGCAAAAAUGGCAAAAUGACUGAUCUUCUUAUUCUGCAGAACAAGUUCACAGGUCAAGUUCCUGAAAGCUACGCGAACUGUAAGUCUUUGAAUCGUUUACGAGUAAACAACAAUUCACUUUCAGGUACUGUCCCUGCUGGAAUAUGGGGUUUGCCAAACCUUACUAUUAUUGAUCUCACCAUGAACCAAUUUGAAGGUCCUUUGACAGCUGAUAUUGGUUACGCAAAGUCUCUAGGAUCACUAGCUUUAGACAACAAUCAAUUUUCUGGUGAAUUACCUGCUGCAAUCUCUUCUGCUUCUUCUUUAGUUUCGAUCCAGUUGAGUUCAAAUCAAUUUACUGGAAGAAUCCCAGAAAAUAUUGGUGAACUGAAGAAACUAAACCGUCUUCAUUUGGAUGGAAAUCUAUUUUUUGGUACUAUACCAGACUCACUGGGCUCAUGUGUCUCUCUUGAUGAUAUCAACCUUUCUGGCAAUUCAAUUUCCGGGGAAAUCCCAGAAACUCUUGGAUCUCUGCCUACUUUGAACUCCCUCAACUUAUCAUCCAACAAACUUUCUGGUCAAAUACCAGUUUCUUUGUCAUCUCUAAGACUCAGCAAUCUUGACCUAUCAAACAACCAGUUGGUUGGUCCCAUACCUAAUUCUUUAUCCCUAGGGGUCUUUCGCGAAGGAUUUAAUGGGAAUCCUGGACUAUGCAGCAACACUCUGAGGAACAUCCGACCUUGUUCAUCCACUGCUAGGAACUCCAGUCACCUUCGAGUACUUUUAUCCUGUUUUGCGGCUGGGUUGCUAGUUUUGGUCAUAUCUGCUGGUUAUUUAUUGUAUCUGAAGUCGAAACCAAACAAUCUUAAUCAUCCACUGAAGCGAAGUUCCUGGGACAUGAAAUCAUUUAGAGUACUAAGUUUUAGUGAAAGGGACAUCAUCGAUUCGAUCAAGUCUGAAAAUUUGAUCGGCAAAGGAGGAUCAGGAAAUGUGUACAAAGUUCUGCUUAGAAAUGGAAAUGAACUGGCUGUGAAACAUAUUUGGACAUCACAUUCGAGUGAUCGAAAAAGUUGCCAGAGCAGCUCAGCUAUGCUGACUAAAAGGAAUUUUCGGUCGUUAGAGUAUGAUGCAGAGGUGGCUGCAUUGAGUACAGUGAGACAUGUGAAUGUGGUGAAGCUGUUCUGUAGUAUCACAAGUGAGGAUAGCAAUCUGCUGGUUUAUGAAUACCUACCUAAUGGAAGCUUAUGGGAUCAGCUGCAUUCUUGUAACAAAAUACAGAUUGGGUGGGAACUGAGGUAUGCAAUUGCACUUGGAGCUGCAAGAGGAUUGGAGUACUUGCAUCAUGGGUUUGAUAGACCUGUAAUUCAUCGAGACGUGAAGUCGAGCAAUAUUCUGUUGGAUGAGGACUGGAAGCCUAGAAUUGCUGAUUUUGGACUUGCUAAGAUUGUGCAGGGUGGUGGUGGUGGUGGUGGUGGUGGUGGAGGGGAAUGGAGUAAUAUGAUUGCAGGCACUUAUGGAUACAUGGCUCCUGAAUAUGCAUACACAUGUAAGGUGAAUGAGAAGAGUGAUGUGUACAGCUUUGGAGUAGUUCUAAUGGAGUUGGUGACAGGAAAAAGGCCAACUGAACCAGAAUUUGGAGAAAACAAGGAUAUUGUGUAUUGGGUUCACAGCAAAAUCAGCAGAAAAGAAAAUUCACUUGAUAUCGUGGAUUCUAACAUUUCAGAGAGGCUGAAAGAGGAUGCCAUUAAAGUUCUGCAAAUCGCAGUUCACUGCACAGCAAAGAUCCCAGCAUUAAGACCAACAAUGAGACUCGUUGUUCAAAUGCUGGAAGAAGCUGAAUCCCAUCAACUUUCAGACAUUAUUGUUGUCAAGAAAGAAGGCGGAAGUAGUCCUGAUGAGAAAUUGAAGACUAGCACCAUGUCUGAUCUUGGCACUUGAAGCUUACUUGCUGCAAUAAGCCUGUAAGUUUUGAGCAUGUCAGGGGUUUGAUAGUUUAGUACUCAGCUUGUGAAAUUUGCAUUAGGUUUUUGGGAUUAGAUUUAGGAGAGCUAGAACAAGAUAUAGUAUUUAGCUCUCAGCAUAUAGAAUACAUUAGUUUUUGCCUUGCAAAUGUAAUAUAUUUUCUCAUGGAAAUCAAAAUGUGUAGCAAAUGCAUAUGUAAGUAUUUAUCUAUUGAAUUUUUCACUAAGUUUCAGCUUAA